CCGGGCCGGGGCUAUUUUUAGCCCCUGCGGACACCCCUUUCGGGCCCCGAGGGCUCAUCGCCCCUCCUCCAGCCCCGGAGGACCUCGCGCAUCCCAGCGUCCAGAGCUGCCGCGCCCUCCAUCUGUGCCCUGCGGGGACGUGAAAGGCCGGGGGUCCUCUGGGCGGCCCGCCCCUGGCCGUGCCUCGGUUUCCCCGGGGGCUCCGGGAGUCCGGACCGCCCAGCUCCCCGCUCCGCCCUCCCCGGCCUGGGCCCGGCGCCGGCCUGCCCGCGGGGCUCCGCGACAGGCGCGACCCCCGCGCGUCCCACCGGUCACCGUCUCCAGGUGUGCGUGAGCCAGCGCCAGCUCUCCCCACCCGCAGCGUCGGCCCGAUGGGGUGGUGACCCUCCGCUCCCCGCCCCAGCGCCAUGUGGCCCAAUGGCACCUCUCUGGGGCCCUGUUUCCGGCCCACCAACAUCACCCUGGAGGAGCGGCGCCUGAUCGCCUCUCCCUGGUUCGCGGCCUCCUUCUGCGUGGUGGGCCUGGCGUCCAACCUGCUGGCCCUGAGCGUGCUGGCGGGGGCGCGGCAGGCCAGCCCGCAGGCGCGCUCCUCCUUCCUCACCUUCCUCUGCGGCCUGGUGCUCACCGACUUCAUGGGGCUGCUGGUCACCGGUGCGAUCGUGGUGUCCCAGCACGCCAUCCUGUUCGACUGGCGCGCCGCGGACCCCGGCUGCCGCCUCUGCCAGUUCAUGGGCGUCAUCAUGGUCUUUUUCGGCCUCUGCCCGCUGCUGCUUGGGGCCGCCAUGGCCUCGGAGCGCUACCUGGGCAUCACCCGGCCCUUCUCGCGGCCCGCGGGGGCCUCGCAGCGCCGGGCCUGGGCCACGGUGGGGCUGGUGUGGGCGUCGGCGCUGGCGCUGGGCCUGCUGCCCCUGCUGGGCGUCGGCCGCUACACGGUGCAGUACCCGGGCUCCUGGUGCUUCCUCACGCUCGGCGCCCAGCCCGGGGACGUGGCCUUCGGGCUGCUCUUCACCCUCCUUGGCAGCUUCUCGGUGGGGCUGUCCUUCCUGCUCAACACAAUCAGCGUGGCCACCCUGUGCCACGUCUACCACGGGCGGGAGGCCGCCCAGCAGCGCCCGCGGGACUGCGAGGUGGAGAUGAUGGCUCAGCUCACGGGCAUCAUGGUGGUGGCCAGUAUCUGCUGGAUGCCGCUGCUGGUCUUCAUCGCCCAGACGGUGCUGCGCAGCCCGCCGGCCAUGAGCCCCAGCGGGCAGCUGUCGCGAGCCACUGAGCAGCAGCUGCUCAUUUACCUGCGCGUGGCCACCUGGAACCAGAUCCUCGACCCCUGGGUGUACAUCCUCUUCCGCCGGGCCGUGAUCCGCCGCCUCCACCCUCGCCUCAGCGCCCGGCCCAGAUCGCUGUCCCUGCAGCCGCAGCACACCCAGAGACGCCCCGUGCCUUAGAGCCCGACGGCUGCGGGGGGCUCCCCCGGCUGGCGCGUCCCUCCGAGGACACAGCUGCCUGUUCUGGGGUUGCGGCAGCCCAGAGUCUCAGAAGGACCAAGCCUUGGAGUGGCAGGAUUGUGGGCUGUUCUCUAGCAGCCUUGGGGACCCCCUAACGCUCCCCGGAUCCCCCUUUCCCGUCCCCCUCCCGGCCCCAGGAAGGGUGAGCAGGCAUGACAGGGGGUGUCUGAGGAAAGGAGACUUACAAGCCUCCCCUUCCAGAAAUCCUCUGGGAAUGGGGGACUCCGACCCCUACCUAUGACCUGCUUUCUGGGGUACAGUUGAUCCCCUUGGACACCCCAACCCACGAAGGCUCUGCUUAGGAAAUACUGAGUGUGCACGGGCGAGACCCCUCCCUUGCCAAAAUAUAUCACGCCCUCCCCGGCCGUACUUUCCCUCGG